GCUCGCGCUUAUUAGCACUUGCAAGCACAUCAUGGCUGAUAUGGAAGUCGACACCCCUGCAGCUGCUCCUGUUGUAAAGAAAGAGAACAAAGAUGACACGAAGGAAGGCAAGAAGAGAUUCGAGGUAAAGAAGUGGAAUGCCGUAUCGCUCUGGGCGUGGGAUAUCGUCGUAGACAAUUGUGCUAUAUGCAGGAAUCAUAUCAUGGACCUAUGUAUCGACUGUCAGGCGAAUCAGGUCUCAGCGACAAGUGAAGAGUGUAACGCUGCUUGGGGUAUCUGCAACCAUGCCUUUCAUUUCCAUUGCAUUUCCCGUUGGUUGAAAACGAGAAAUGUAUGCCCAUUGGACAAUCGUGAAUGGGAACUACAGAAAUACGGGCGUUAAGACAUGUAUCACUCUUCAAGCUCUCAAAGGACUCGAUUAUGUAUCAUAGAGCACUAUCCCAUGUUCAUGUAUUUCCUGGUUGCUAUCCAAAAUGUGCCAGCUUUCUAACCUGGUGUUACUU